UAGUUGAACGUAAACCAGUGUAUCGGACAGACCUAGCGUAGUAUAUGGGGAUUUUACAACUGUGCUUUAAAAAAAGAUACUUUUUGAGGACGGAUUAAAGAUACACACUGAAGCCGUUUGUUUGAAUGAAGUUGUAUUUCUGAAUAUUAUAAGAAGUUUUAACCCUUUGAUUUUGAAAACCUAUUUCGUUAAUACUUUUAAUUGUUUAAUUAAACAAAGAAUGGAUUUAAAUAAAUAUAGUGUCUAUUAAAAAUGUGAUUUUUUUUCGGAUAGAAAAAAUAUGUGAAAAUAAUAGAGAGUAUAUUAAAAAAAAUUAUUACAAAUUUUGUUUUUUGGAGAAAAUUAUUGUUGAAAGGUAACAAAAGAAAAAAAAAGAACAAAUGUGAAUUCAGAAGGAAUAAUUUCGUGAUUAUUAUUUCUUUUAUAAUUUAAAAAAAAUCAGUUCACAAUGGGCACUCUGGCCCCCAAACCAUCUUGGAUUUACUUUGGAUUUAUUAUUGUGUGUUUUAUUAACGUGACCAAUGGUGUCGCGUGCCCUGUGGAAUGCACGUGCACCCGUAGUCGGAUGGAUUGUUCGUUUAAGAAGCUUAAAAGUGUUCCAUCACAAAUACCAUCAUCAGUCAAAAAAAUGGAUUUACAGGGUAAUGAAAUAACAGAAAUCAAAGAAACAGAUUUUAAAAAUCUUCGUAGAUUGCGAAGUUUAAAUCUUAUGAAAAAUCAAAUAGAAACGAUAGAGAAAAAUGCAUUUCAAGAUCUUGUCAACAUGAAACGUUUACGUUUGGAUCGUAACAAAUUAAGAAAAGUACCAGAUCUCCUGUUUGCAAAUAUGCCAGAACUGCAACGAUUAGAUUUGAGCUUUAACAAGAUCAAAAGAAUUAGCCGAAGGACGCUAAAAGGCUCAAAAGUAUUAAAGAAUUUGCAACUGGAUCAUAAUGAAAUAUCUUGUAUAUCAGAGGGCACAAUCUCCGAACUUCACGAGAUGAUUUACUUAACUUUGAACAACAACAACCUCACUACAUUACCCGAAAAUAUAUUUACCGGAAUGACUCGUUUAAAAGUUUUGAGAUUACGUGAGAACAAAUUUUAUUGUGAUUGUCAUCUGUCCUGGCUCUCAAGAUGGCUGCGACCUAGAAAACGGUUAGCUAAACAUUUCACGUGCUUCGCACCAGUAAACUUCCGGGGAAAACUUUUCAGCAGGAUUCAAGACCAAGAUCUCAAAUGCAACGACGUAGAUUCAGCAUCAUCUCAAUGUGAAGAAGAAUCUAUUUGCCCCGAGGAAUGCACGUGCACCGGUUCGUUUGUCGACUGCAGAGACCGAGGUUUGACGGAAAUACCCGAAGUUCUUCCUAUAGAUGCAACGGAAUUGCGGAUAGAACAAAACAAGAUAACCAGAAUACGAGCCGGAAGUUUUGAAAACAUGCACAGGCUUAGAAGAAUUGAUAUAAGUAAUAAUGAAAUCGUGGUUAUAGAUUCUGAAGCAUUUGCAGGCCUUUCAUCUUUAAAUACGUUGGUUAUCUAUGGAAAUAAGAUAACAGAACUUCCACUAGGUGUAUUUGACGGCUUAUCUUCUCUGCAGCUUUUAUUAUUAAAUAGAAACAGAAUCUCGUGUGUACCUGUAGAAACAUUCAAAGAUUUGACAAGCCUUAAUUUGCUGUCUUUAUAUGACAACAAAAUAGAAUCACUGGCAAACGAUACAUUCUCCCCACUGGUUAAUUUACAGACACUGCAUCUUGGUCGUAACCCGUUCAUCUGUGACUGUAACCUAGCCUGGCUGUCGGACUACCUGGAAACAAACCCCAUCGAGACCAGCGGUGCCCGCUGUGUCCGACCUAAGAGAAUGGAGCGGAAAAAGAUUAGUGGCACAAAAUCUUCAAAGUUCAAAUGUAAAGGUACGGAGGAAUAUCGAACCAGGAACGCCGGAAGCUGCACCAUUGACAACACGUGUCCACUGAAGUGUGACUGUUCCGGUACCAUGGUUGACUGCUCAUCGCGGCGUCUGACGUCAGUGCCCACAAACCUACCGUCAUACAUCACGCAACUGAACCUUAAAGAUAAUCAAAUAUCUAAAUUAUCCCAGGAGGACUUUAGCGAACUACCAAAUUUACAAAUUCUAGAUUUGAGCGAUAAUCUUCUGGAAAUUAUUGAAGACAACACAUUUGGUACUUUAGAAAAACUUGUUGAAUUAAAUCUGGCCAAUAACAGACUGGAUAAGGUAUCAGGAAGAAUGAUGGUGGGUUUGACAGGAGUUCAUCACAUUUCAUUGACCAGUAACCGAUUGACGUGUUUAAGUAAUACAACUUUCAAAGAUACCGUCAAUCUAAGAAAACUAGAUCUUUUCGGAAACCAGAUAGGCUGUAUUCAAGAGGGUGCAUUUGACAGAACAACGGAACUUUCAUCAUUGAAUCUCAUGUCCAACCCAUUCUCGUGUAAUUGUCAUCUUAAAUGGUUUUCAAAAUGGUUGUCAACACACGAUGUUCUUGUUGGAAGCCUCACGUGCUAUUUCCCGCGCAAAGUGCGCGAUACGCCAUUCCUGGACGUUGAUACGGAAGAAAUGAUAUGUGAAGAGAAUAACGAAAUUGGGUGUAAUGUCGGAAUCCCGCCAUGCUGCUCCGAUCAACCUGCAGGGGACUUGAUCCAGAGAAACUGUGAUCCUCGGGUACAUUGUCCGGACAAAUGUACAUGUACUGGUACAGUUGUAAGGUGCAGUAGAAAGGAUCUGAAAACAAUACCGAAAGGCAUUCCACUAGACACAACUGAACUAUACCUUGAUGACAAUGGUAUAGAGGAAGUAGAAAGCACCUCAGACGAUAUAGUCAGUGAAAUAGGCAGACUUACACGUCUUACAAGACUGGAUCUGAGCAACAACCGAAUUAUGAGCCUGCCUCCGAAAUUGUUUGCUAAUUUGACGCAUCUGUCAACGCUGAUCAUGAGUUAUAACAAACUUCAAUGCGUGGCAGAUACCUCAUUUAGUGGCUUAAAUGAACUCAGAAUAUUGUCUCUACAUGGGAAUAACAUGUCUUCUAUUCCAUUCGGCACUUUUGAUGAUUUAACUUCCUUAACACAUCUAGCACUAGGUGGUAACCCCUUGUACUGUGAUUGUGGCCUCAAGUGGCUGUCAGACUGGGUUAAGAAGAAGUAUGUGGAGUCGGGUAUUGCAGCAUGCGUCGGUCCGAAAAGUAUGAUGAACAAACUGAUGUUGACAACUCCAUCGAGCUACUUCGAAUGCAACAGUGAGCCAGAUCCCGAGGUGCAGGCUAAAUGUAACGUAUGUUACAAGAACCCGUGUCAACAUGGCGGUGUAUGUACAGCUCUCGGAUUUAGAGACUUUAAAUGCGACUGCACCCCUGGUUUCCAUGGCAAAGGAUGUGAGGAGGAAAUAAAUGCAUGUUUUGGCAAUCCUUGUCACAAUAAUGGUGUUUGCAAGAUUAAAGAUAGAAGAAACCUCUUUGGAAGCUUCAUGUGUGAUUGUUUGGGAGGUUUCGAAGGGGAGCGAUGCGAAGUGAACAUUGACGAUUGUAAAUCUCAUACAUGUCAAAACGGAGCUACUUGUGUUGAUGGAGUUGAAUCAUACACGUGUCAAUGUGCUCCUGGUUUUACAGGAGAGAAAUGUUCGGAUAAAAUAGAGUUCUGCUCUGGUCCAUACAACUUCUGUGAAAGAGGCAAAUGUGUUGACCUAUCAACUGACUACAGAUGCGAGUGCCCGGCAGGCUACUCGGACAAAAACUGUAGUACCAAUAUAAAUGAAUGCGAGGAACAUAUUUGUCAACACGGCUCCACUUGUGUGGACGAAGUGGACUCUUACAGCUGUCUUUGUAAACGAGGUUACACGGGAAGGUUCUGUGAGAUAGCGCCUGUGGAUCUCGACCUUCCAAUACCAGGGGCUGGUCUAUGUGAAAACCACGAGUGUCAAAAUAACGGGGUAUGCUACCAAGAGAAUAAAUCCUCUGACUACACUUGCAAAUGUGUAGCCGGCUUUGUCGGCAAGAAAUGUGAGAAACUUGCUAGUCUCGCUUUUAUGGCGGUAGACUCCUACAUCCAGCUACCAAAAUUCAACUUCCAAGCAUUUUCUAACAUCACCAUAGUGAUGAAAACAAAUUCCAGUUCUGGUUUAUUGAUGUACACCGGUGUAGAAGAGCAUUUGGCAAUCGAGCUGUACAAAGGCCGUGUUGCUGUCAGUUUCUAUGUCGGAAAAGAACAUAUUCCUUCGCAGUUCAGCUAUAUGUUUAGUUUUACAAAGGUGGACGACGAAAAAUUCCAUACCAUUGAACUCCUUAUUAGUCAGAGAAAUUUUACAAUGCGUGUAGAUAAUGGUUAUCCAAGAACAGUAAUUAAUGAGGGUGCACACAAGUAUCUAGAAGUGGAAGAUGACAUGUUCCUUGGAGGAGUUCCUAGACACAUCAGUACCAGAGCCGAGAGAAAGUUCCACAUUCGUGAUGGCUCCAGUUUUAAAGGUUGUUUUUCACAAGUGCUUAUCAACGGAAAGCCCCUCGACUUUAUGGUCACGAAACGUAAUCACAAAAUGACACCGGGUUGCAGCAACCCUGAUCCAUGCAGGAAUCAUAAAUGUUUAAAUCGCGGCAAGUGCAGAAGCAGUCCGAGCGGUGAUGAUUACACUUGCCGGUGUAGGGCGGGGUACGGAGGUCAGCACUGUGAAUUAGGUGAAUAUCCGUCUGAUAGUAGCUAUAUAUCUACAUGCCAAAGCAAAGUUUUUAAGGAUAUUUAUGUUGAUCCAAAGACCAGUUGUCGCACGAGGCGGAAGUUGAAGUAUCGAAGGUGCGAGGGUACUUGUAAUUCUGAUUGCUGUAGUCCGAUUAGAAUUAAAAACAGAAAAGUACGGUUAUAUUGCCCAGAUAAUUCGAAUUAUAUUUAUGAGCUUCCGGUUAUCCGGAAGUGCGGCUGUAAACGGUGUUGAUGUAAAAAAACACAAUUGUGAUAAACGAUAAUUUCGAUGCCCACUAUUGAACUUUGUGUUUAUUUAGUACUAUUUUUAAAAAAAUCGCUAACUACGUCAUCCGGUUUAUUCCGGAAAACUGCAAAUGGCAAUAACCACUUUACUAAUUAUGCAUAAAAAGCUAUGAACUGAGAGUUUGAAAAAGUGGUUUUGAUAUAAAAAGGAGGUGAGAAGCUUUGUGUCAGUGUGCACAGCAAAUCUGAAAAAUGGACGCUGAAAUUAAUGCGCGACUCUUUGACUGGAAAAUUGCUGUGCAAAGAAACGAGAAACAAUAAAAGGUUAAGUUUUUGAAAUGAUUUGACACUAGCUCUUUCUCGGAGAUAUGAAAAGCUAACAGAAAUUUGUUUAUAGUGUUGUGAACUGACUCUUAUAUCAUAGAGAUAGUAACUGUGAGAAGUAUACUAAGUAAAAUACUGUUAACAUAUUGUAAAAUAGUUUCAAUGAAAUUUGAAUAUUUUUAGUUCAUGCACAGUAAAUUAUAACUUUGAAAUAUUUAUGUUUUUAUACGUGUAUAUAGUUAUGAUAUCUUAACAAUCUCUUCCAUUUUCAGAUAUGAAAAUGUACUUUUUUAUUUUUGUUGUACAGAUUUUUUUGUUGUUGAUGGAAUUCGAUCUGAAUAGAACCUACGUCUCUUAGAAUGAUUCACCUAAGGAACUCAAACUGUGCUUAUCUGUGAGCCAUAUGACCAAUAAAGCCUGUAUAAAAAUACCUACGUUUCAGCAAUAAAAGUAAUUAAUUCGUUCAAUAAUAUAACUUGUUAACGGUGAAAUCUACUGAUCUAUGGUCAUAUAUUUUUCUUGUCUUUCUUCGGAUUUUUUUGCAAGAAAUUUUGCGUAGGAAAAUGUUGAUUUUUAGUCAGAGUUUUUAAGAAACAUGAUACCUCGGUCAUACAAAGUUCGUUUUUUACGCAUUUUAAAACUGCCAUAUUUUUAAAAAUAUUUGUGAGAAAAUAUAUAUGUAUACAUCAACACUCAUCAUUUGUAAUAUUUCAUACAAGAAACAUCCACGUGAUCUAUAGGGAUUGUUUUGUUUACCCUUGGCUGAUAGUCUUAUACUUUCUUUCAUCGCAAUGCUCUGCGUUAACCAAAUAAUAGUUAUUAAAGGGACUUCACUGAGGUUUUGUGACAUGGUUGGACUCGAAAUAUGCCAAAGAUUUGUGCACCAAUUACCGUAUUGAAGGUCUGGACCAAAAACUUGUGAGCAGAUUUUCGGGUCAUUCUUUUACCUCGUUUUUCCAGAAUAAUCAUUUUCUUGUGCACAAUAUCCCCAAAAUGAAAAGCAUUGCAACGCUUUUCACUCUGAUCGGUUAAGAAUCGCUCUGCAUAUCGAUUUUCAAUUAAAUUCUGAGUUUUGUUUAGCACAGUUUGCCAUUUUUCAGUGCUUCACUUGGUUUUAGUCCUUAGACCUCAGUGGAGUUCCUUUAAAGUAGACAAUAAAAUAACUAAAAAGCUUCCAUGUCAAUUUAGCAGCACUUUUGAAACCUACUGCAAUUAUGACAUUAUAUUUGCAGCAAAAAUGAAAGUUUUUAAACGCUUUAAGCCUUACGUGUUGAUUUAGCAGCCCCGUCAGUAUUGUAAUAUACGUCAUUACAAUGUAAACAUUACAUUUUUUUGGUCAAAAACAAUGUACGUUUUAACAGUUUUUGCCUUGGCACUAGGUCGGUAUGCACUUCUGUGCUCUAUAUACAUAUAAAUACACAUUUUAGCAUGGACUACCAAUAUUCAGUAGUUUUACAUUGACAAUCCCUUAAGAAUCUAUAAAAGGAAUGUACAUUGUAUAUUGUCUAAAUCUGGAACAGACUACACACUAAAACAUGUUCAUACAUGUAUGAAUCUGUGUUAGGGUAAAUAUCCAAACAGAAAUACUAAAUAUUUCAUAUUUCUUGAAUAUGCUCACAAGAAAAAAAAACCUGUGUCGUGAACUUGUAAAUUUUCAUAUUCAUGAUUAUUUUGUGUUCCUCUGGCUUUGAGAAAAUUAGUGUGCAUUUUUUUUUCUUAAAACUUAACGCGAAGCUCAGAAUAAAUUUUGGCUCAUUUAUUUCCGUUGUCACGUAUGUCAUUGCAAUGAUCUGUGUAAAAGUAAGCGACAGUUUAAGAAAAUGUCCACUGCAAUUGUUUCCUUUUGUAAUGUUUGUAACUUGUAACUGUUCAAAAAGCUAAGAUUGAAUAAAGAUAGUUCAAACGACAAGAGUCAUAACUUUUUGGUUAGCUUUUUCUUUUUAAAUUUUUUUCCAUAUUUUCAUUUUUACUUCAUCGUAGACUGUAGGGAUUUUCCCCUUUUCCUACCCCUGUUAUAUGUUAAAACUAUGUGUACGUUUAAAUCCGUGCACUUUAGUGAAAGCGACAUGUAAGGAAUACAUGCAGAUCAUGUCAAGUAUUUGAUAUGUUGUUUGUCUUUUGUUAAGCCGUAUUGUAUCUUAUGGGCUUAUAGAACCACCAUGGACAGUGUCUCUAUUUUUAGAACAGACUUGUCUCUAUUUUUAGAACAGACUUAUUCGUUUCAGCUAUUAUUUUCCCAACUCUAAGCCUUUCUUCUGCGUGUUCGUCAAAAAAAAUCUUGUAUCACGUUGUUGCCAUUUAUACAAUGAACCAUCAUACAAAAUUAAAAUGAGCCGCGCUAUGACAAAACCAACAUAAUGCGUUUGCGACCAGCAUGGAUCCAGACCAGCCUGCGCAUCCGCGCAGUAUGAUCAGGAUCCAUGUUGUUCGCUAACAAACUCUAUAACAAGUAGAUAUUAUACUGAUAGCGAACAGGAUGGAUCCUGAUCAGACUGCGCGGAUGCGCAGGCUGGUCUGGAUUCAUGCUAGUCGCAAACGCAUUAUGUUGGUUUUGUCAUGACGCGGCUCAAAUGUACCCAUUACAUUUAGAAAUGUAUAUUUGCGUAGAAAUAGGGCUUCAUUGUAUUAAACUGUCUUGUUUGUUUCUUAAGAGGCCAGUAUUUUGGUAAGACACCCAGAGUCAUGGCGCACUUCGUCAUUUAAGAGAAAAGGUCACGUGAUCAUUUGUAGUUUACGUUCAUUUUGUUGUAUACGUGUACAAAUGCAGUUCAUAUUAAAAUGUAUGUAUGUUUUCUUUACAUAGAUGAUAUAUGUACAUACCUGAUACAUUUAUACAUAACCGUGUUAACUUGUAGGAAAUAAAGCAAAGAAAAACAGCCAUUUUACACCAAGCUUUCGAGUUUGAAAUUUUAGAAUAUCUUCCCUAUUAUUUCUAAAUUAUUUUAUUAUUAUUAUUAUUAUUUUGCCAAAGAUCUUCUGCUUUAUAUUAUUUAAAGAUCAAAGAUAUAAUUUUAUUUUUUUUCCGUUAUUUUGAACCUUAAUCUGUUUACACAACAGACCAUGAAAAGAUAUGCCAUUAAGUUAACAUUGCUAAUUAUAUAUUAGAGUUUUCCUUAUACAAAUUAAUGUUAACUUCAUUUCUUGAUCAUUUUGAGACAUGGAAGUUUCAUAUAAUAAAUGUUUACUGUUUA